AUGCCUAGGUUCGGGAUUGUUUUCCCGACAGCUAGUACUAUCCAAGAGGAGUUGGAAUUCGGGUUAGUGACUAACAUUGAAGAGAAUAUAUACGUCGAAAACACAGUGUUUGGACCGACGGUGGUGGGGAAGGCUAAGGGGGUUUAUGUGGCCAUGAGUUCAUCAUCAGAUAAUAAUCAUAUGAUGGCUAUGACAGUGAGUUUUUCAGUUGAAAAUGGAGAUGAUGAUGAUAAGAGUAGUGAUGAGAUAGAUAGUUUGAAGUUUUUUGGGGUGCAUUUGAGAGAUGUUUUAGAGUGUCAUGUUGCUGUGAUUGGUGGUACUGGCAAGUUUAAUGAUGCUAAUGGAUAUGCUGUUAUUAAAGUGGUUAAUAAUAGAGAUAUAGGGUCUACUGAUAUUAUUCAUGGGUCAAGUGAUGAUGUAAAAUUAAUGCUUAUGUACAAUGUUUUUCUCAGCUAA